AUGGCUGUGACAGCUCGUGUCCUUUUGGCGAUAGCCGUUCUGUGUGGACUGGCUGUGGUGGAAGGUUGGGGACGUACCCACCGUCUCCAAGUCCAAGCCGGCCGCAUCGUAGGGGGACGAAAUGCCACCAUCCAAGAGUUCCCUUACCAGGUGUCGCUGCAACGCAAGUACGCCAUCGGCGACGGCGGCAGCCACUUCUGCGGUGGUUCCAUCAUCGAUGCCCGUCACGUGCUCACUGCUGGUCACUGCCUCUACGCAUAUUACGACGUGCUGGACCAAGUGAUAGUGUCAGCUGGCAUGACCAACGUCAGGGACUUCGAUGACCCGAACCUUCAGACCCAGGCAGCGGAGGCGGCAUUCAUCCACGACGGCUUCGACAACGAUAAGCUCACAUACGACAUCGGAAUCCUUAGAGUGGCGGGGAGCUUCAACCUGGACGGGACUUACGUGGCAGCAGCCACCCUGCAGAACAGCACGCCUCCUGCGGGAACCAUCUGCACCAUCACCGGCUGGGGGUACGUUGAACAGGACGGAUAUUAUGUGCUGCCUGCGAUCCUACAAGCCGUAGAUCUGCCACUGAUUUUGUCAGACGAGUGCGCCGAGUUGUACGCCAAUUACGACGACCCUGACGCCGAAGUACGAGCGGACAACAUCUGUGCCGGACUGGAGGAAGGAGGAAAGGACUCCUGUAACGGAGACAGUGGAGGACCGAUGACGUGUGGUGGUGCGGUGACGGGGCUGGUGUCCUGGGGUGACGAGGUGUGCGGCAUCCCCCACUACCCUGGUGUCUACACCGACGUGGCCACCUACUCUGACUGGAUCGCCGACACGCUCGCUGCCAGUUACGCAGAGAUAUCUCUCAAGAAACUGCAACAGUAG